GUGCCGGCCGAGUCCACGGCGAUGCAACAGCCCCGACAGCCUCACUGUGCCAGUAUCCAGCAUGGCGCACAGCCCUAGAGGUACACUCACACACAUUGACUGAUUCGUUUGUUUAAUGCUUGACCCAGCCGAUGUGAACUCGUCGCCCUCGUACCACGACACCCAAGCCGCGUCGCAGCAGCUCCUCGCCGAAGCCAGCAGUCCUCGGCGCUCGCCGGCCGCCGCCAUAACUGCCAGUGCCGUGCUCGGCGCAAGCCUGCUCAACCAUGCGCGCACGCUCGAGCGGCCGCCAGCCAUGGCCCGGCCCGGACAAUUGAAGCCCGCGCAGGCGAGGCUGGAAAAGCCGGGGAAGCUCGCGCGCGCCAGUCUGUCGAGCUUUGUCCCCGAGGGUCGCAGGAAGGUCCGCGGCGAAAAGCUGUACGAGAUUGAGCCGAGUCCGGAGAAGAAGCGGCCGCAGUCGCUGCCUGCAGGUGCAAGUCUCGAAGAGGAUACUGUGCCAGAGACGAGCCAGGCGAAUGAGGGGGACGAGCUGCUGGCGAUUGGAGACGCAGCGGCUGUUCAGCAGGUCGAGACGGAGGAUAUGGAGAUUGAGAAUGCUGCACUAUCGCCAGCUGCGCCUCUACAGAAACAGCCAGUCUCCCUCUCAAAGAAAUCGCGGGGGCGGCCGCGAAAGAGUGGUGAGAGUGUGGUGUCAGCUGUAUCGAGCGAGGUCAACACGGCUAUGACAGUUCCUCUGGACGAGCCCUUCCGCAACGGCGACAUCCCCUCUUCUCCACCGGUAGUAUCCUCGCACGAACCUUCAACAACCAAGAAGCCGCGAGGCCGACCACGCAAGAGCGGCGAAUACGCGCCCUCCCCCGUCUCCGACGCCGAAAAACCCACCACGCACGACACCACCGCCGGCAGCAACCCAAAACGCCGUCCCCGCCCCGGACCAGACCAGCUCGAACUCCACCCCGCCCCGCCCGCAAAAAAGCAACGCCGCCUCAACGGCCCCACAAUGGUCAGCCCCGAGGAAGGCUGGUUCGAAGAAGACCUCCGCGCCCCGCGACCGCCAGCCCAGAUUGUUGCGCGCCCCGGCACGCCCCCGCCCGAAGUCCGCAUCCCCAUCCGCGCCUCGCGCUCGCGCACCAGCCGCGCCCACGCCGAUGCGCAGGCGCAGGAGCAGGAGCACUCGGCCACCGCGCUCAUCGCUGCCGAGGGGGGCCGGCGCGCGAAGCGGGCGGCGCGGCUGCGCGCGGCGAGGCGGGGUGGGGAUGCGGGGGAAGGGUCGCGGCGCAGGGUGGCUGCGGGGGAGGACGGGGAGGAGGUUGUGAGGGUUGUGCUGCCUAGGGGGCUGCGUGAGCCUGGGCCUGAGGACACGGGGGCUGUGUCUAAGAGCGAGUUGAGGAGGAGGAAGAUGGCGGCGAGAGAGGAUGUGGAUGAUAUUAUCGAGGAGGUUGUGAGGCCUGUGGGGCUGCCUGAGCCGCAGUCUGGGGGUGUGGGGACUGCGUCGAAGCGCGAGAGGCCGAGGCGGCAGCUGGCUGCGAGAGACGAUGUUGAUGAUAUUGUUGAGGAGGCUGAUCCUGAGUCUGAGGCCACCGACGGCGAUCAUGCAGACGCGGGCGCCGAGGAUCGGCGUAGGCUAGAGCGUAUUGAAGAAGGUAGAGAGCGAGAUGGCGCUGAGAGGGGCGACGACCCAGACGGAGACCAAGAGGCAGAUUCAGCAGAGCAAUCUGGAGAACAAAGCGACGAGGGAUCGAACGGCGACCCCGGGACUGAUCUCGCCGUGCAAACAACAAACAGCCUCAUCGACCGCCUGCCUCUGCCCGACGCCCGCCCCGGGAGGUGCUCAACCAGACUAGGCAGAGCCAUCCAACGCCUCUGCGACAGCUCCCAGACCAUCCUCCACCAACCCACCACAACAUGCCCCCUCGCCACCAUCACGCAGUGCAGCACCGACCUCCUCGCCGCCCUCCGCAGCAUCGACACCCAGAUCCGCCCCGAGCGCCGCGUCGUCUUCAAACGCGACGUCUACGCACACCUCUUCCGCUCCCUCACCCUCGUCCUCAAAGCCAUGGCGACUGCGCUGCGCGCGCUCACCGGCGACAUCGCCCGCUCGCUGCCCGCCAUGCAGAUAAUAUGCGACUAUACCGCCGCGCUGCUGCGCCUCAAAGACACACUCGACGAGUGGAAAGUCUCCGUCCCCGCCGCCCCGGGCGACCGCCUCAUCCGCGGCGUCGAAAUCGCGCCCCUGCGGCUCCUCGAGAAGACGCUCCGCGCCCGCCUCGCCGCCCUGCAGCACGACGAGUCCCAGCGCCGCGCCCGCGCCGCGCGGAUGCAGGACCAGCAGCGCCGCGACCAGCAGCGCGACGAGCAGCGCAAAGCGGCGCAGGACCGCGCACUCCGCCGCCGCCGCUGGCUCGCCCUCCACGUCGCCCGCAUGCUCGCCGAGCCCGAUCCCGCGCGCCGGCCCGCGCUGCGCUUCGUCGAGCCCCCCGAUGCGGCGGCGGCGGAGACGGAUGCGAACGGCGCGGUGUUCGAGCGCGUUGCGCUGCUGCGCGAGCGGUGCGGGCCGCCUCCUGCACCCCCGGGGUUGGUGGGGGGGCGGGAAGCGCGUGUGUGGACCGAGGUGCAGGAGACGGUGUUGUUGGAUGCGCUGCUGGGUGGUGUUUCGCUCGAAGACAUCUUCAAAACCCACUGCGGCGCCCGCGGCGCGCUGCGCGCCUUCUCGGUCACUGAUUUCGCGGAGAAACUGGCGUGGGUCAGGGCGGGCUGGGGGAUGUUGGCGCAGAGGCAUGGGUGGGAGGUGCCGGAGUGGGUUCGGGCUAUUCCUGUGCUGCCCCUUGACGACUCGACGCCGCCGGUUUUCCCCACGCCUCCUGCUCCAGAACCUGAGUUUGUGUUCUGGCUACCUCGUACCCGUGAGCAGUCAUGGGCGGACGAGAAACAGGACGAGGUCGAUGCGGAAGAAGCUGCGUGGCAGGCCAUCUUGGCUGAGUCGGGGCUGCCGUUCCGCGUGGAGGUUGACGAUAGCGAUGGUUCAGAGGAGGAGGUAGAGCUCAGAAUCGAUGGCUCUGAUGCUGGCGACGAGGCAGAGAAGGGGAUUCAUGAUGGCGUUGACGAGGGCCAUGUGGUCCAUGAUGACACGGCGGAGACGGUAUCCACUGACGAGUAUCCAGCCACCUCGACAGACUCCUGGGAUGACUACAUCGACAGUAUCUCAGGUGGCUUCGACCGUGUCCGAGUGACGCCCGAGACACGAUUUCUUAGCGGUGCUUCUGCAGGUCGGCUGUCGUACUCUCAGGUGGCCUCGGCGGUCGACGAGAUGCCAGUCAUUCCUGCCGUUUCACAAACCUCGCCCAAGACACCGGAGAAGUCAAACAAGAGUUCUGAUUCACAGUUCAGAACGGAAAAGAAGGCGUUGAAAGAGGCAGAACCCGCUGCUGCUCAUCGCUCAUCGGAAGUUUCGACUCAGUCAUCAUCUGGUGCCGCGGACCAUGCAGGUCAUGAGCAAGAGCCUCCCACGCCUGCUGCAGUGAUAUCACCAACAGACGAAGCCCUCGAGUCUGCUGCAACAACGAAGACCAGAAUCGACACGCAGUCUGAGGAGCUUUCGCAGGCUGUAGCCGCAGUUAAGGGUGUUCAGACAACACUGUCAUCACCUCUAGAGUCUGAUGUAGAGUCGACUGCAGCCGGCACCGACUCACCUGGUGUCCUCGCCGAUCCUCAUACCGAGACCCAGUCUGCCGUCAGCGACCUUGCGAAGGAGACCGUAAAGGUCAUGGAGAAGCUGGUGGCGUCCGCGAAAGAGGAACAUGCGGGAGUCCAGCUCGCAGACGGUUCUACACUUCACACAGAUCUAUAUGCGUCUACCAAGAACGCCCCAAGUCCUGCACUGGACGGAGAGGCUACGAGACCCACGGCAGUAGCUGGUAAUACCAUAGCUGCACGCCAAUCCAACGACCUGGAGACUGGCGCCCAGGGGCCGAAGCCAUCUCCGUCUGCCACUCGUGAGAUCAUCGCCGACCUCAUCGCCGAUGAUGCGUCUAUUACAACUUCCCAGAGCGACCGUGGGGAGUCUUUGGUGCCAGAGCCUCUUCUUGAGCCUGUUCCUGUGCGCGAGAAGAAACACAAGCUAUCUGGUGCGCAGCGCCGCAAGGCGGCGAAGGCUGCUGCUGCAGCUGCUUCAAAGACUCCGCGCAAGAUGCGCGGUGCAUUUACGUCAGAUGCAUUCACUUCGGAUGAGCUGCGUGUUACCUUCACUCGUAACCGCUUCGAAGUCCUCACCGAUUACCCCGACUCACCACCGGCUAGUCCUUCACUUAGCUCUCCGACGCUGGAUGUAUUUUGUCUAUCGCCUCGCAUGAUCUCGUGGGCCGACGAAAGGCAGAACGAAGUUGAUGCCGAGGAGGCUGCGCGUGGUAUUCUUGGUGUGGUCGACGAUGUUCAGCGUGGAUGGCGGUCUGUCCUGACUGAGCCGGUUCGCGAGCGAGCCGCGGCUCCUGACGUUGUUACUUUCAAAAACGAACUGUGUGAUGGAGCAGACUCCGGCUCUGUUGUCAGGGGAGAGGAGACUGCCGACGAGUCUAUUGACGACGGCUUUGUUGUCGAUGGCGAUAUCUUCGAUGAAGAUGUCUUCGGUGGCCAUAUCUUCGGCGGCAUUUUCGGCGGCAUUUUCGACGACGACGUUGUUGAUGGCAGUAUCGUUGAGGGCAAUGUGCAUGUUGGUGUUGGCAUUCUCGAUGGCGACGAUAUCCCCGCCGAGACAACACACGCGUCAGCCACCAACUCCAAGCAUGUGGUUCCCGUGCCUGACUCCUGGAACGAGUAUAUGGACAGUAUUUCAGGGGGAUUCAAGCCUCUUCACCUGGUGGCUGAGACGCAGGCUCCUAAGAACACAUUGACGGAUGGGCUGUCGUAUGCCAAAGCAGCUUCGGCUGGACUCAACACCAACACCAACGGAUUCCUUGUUUUGCAAGAGACCAAUGGUGUGGCAGCUCCGCAAUUCGAAGACUCGCCUUCUUCCGAUACCUCUUUUGAACGACUGACGAAGCCGAAGAAGAAGUCUGGCGCCCAGCGUCGGAAAGAGAAGAAGAUGGAGGAUGCGACAUCCUUUGAGCCUGCCAUUGCGCCGGACGACAGAGCUGAGACGCAAAACAAGGAGAUUCUGGAGACCAUCACCGUGCUAGAAGAUGUUGAGUCAACACCGCUGUUACCUCCUUUGAAGUCUGAUGUCGAACCUACUACCACUGGUAGAGUCGAGUUCUUGAAGAUAACCACUUCAGCGAAGUGUGGUAAUGAUCAGUCCUCUGUCACCGAAAUCUCCAACAAGACGGCGAACGACCUGGUGGUAUCCAUUAACGAGGAAGAGGAGGUCGUACAGACCACAGAGUAUCAGGACUCGAAACAGUGCGCUGAUAGCGUUUCCGAGACUAACUCUGAGGUAGCCAUCGACAUUGCCAAUGUCGUCGACAAGAUCUUCGAAGAAGUCGUCGACAAGUUUGCCAAAGAAGUCGUCCGCGAGCAAGCAGAGAUUGGUGAAGAGAAGAUUAUCGCCGAGCCUGUCACGGUGUGUAUCAAGAAGCACAAGCUUUCUGGAGCCCAGCGCCGUAAGGCGGCGAAGGCUUCUCAUGCUUCCAAGGCUUCAGGUGACAUCCCUGUCUGA